CAGGAUAAGAACCAGAAGAAACUGAAUGUCUGGAUUACUCUACGUUGCAAACACUGCGACACAUACUCGCUGCUGAUUGUUCUCUCUUUCUCUCGCUCACACAUGGCUUGUUUACAGCCUCCAUGGUUCUCUUCAUUGCGCGUCGUGUCCCCGGCAAAACUCGCAGCAGGCCCGCCGCCUUCAACAACGUACAAGCCCGCCAAGCUGCUCUUUUGGGCCGUGGGCCCAGACAAUGCUGAAUCUUCUGAGCCCGCCUCCCCCGACGCUCCAGAGCCCGCCGCACCCGUUGAUCCCGUGGAGUUGGCGUUUAGCAAGGCCAACGCGUAUAAAGCUGAUUAUAAUAAUGAUGAAAAUUCGGCUGAAGAGAGAAACGUUGGUGAUGAGACCCCAAAGGAUUUGCCAGAUUCUGUGAAGAUUGCAAUCGAGAAGGCCAAAAAGUACAAGCAGAAUAAAGCCGUUGCAGCUGUUACUGAAACAACUCAAGGAUCCCUGGGAGUGAGUGAGAGGAGUUCAGGAAAAAAUAAGGUUGGUAAGAAGGGAGAACUUUCAGUUUCAAGGAUGGAUUUUGCAGGGCUUGACUUUGCAGAUAAGAAGAUGACUAGGGGAUUGCCACCUGGAUUGGUUCCUAUUUCAGAACCUUACUUUGAUGGUGACUUGCCUGAGGUGGAGCUUAUUAUUGGAGAUACAAGCAAGUUUGAUGAUGCAACGACUCCAGAACCUGAACAAACUAAUAAGGAAGACGAGGCUGAACUUUACAAGCCAAAAGUUUCUACCUGGGGUGUCUUUCCUAGACCUGGCAAUAUUUCAAAAACAUUUGGUGGUGGAAGAGUUAUACGUCCAGGAGAGGUUCUAGAGACCAAAGAAGAAAAAGCUGUUAAAGAAGCACGCACAAAGCAGCUACUUGCUGCCUACAAGAAGAAAACUGGAUUGAAUGUUGAUCCAAAGCUGAAAUCUGAGUGCGAGGAGGCAUUGAAGGAUGGUGACUUAUUAAUGAAUGUGGGAAAGCUGAAGGAAGCAUUGCCCUACUAUGAGAAGGUUAUGGAUAAAUUAACCUUCCAGAGUGAGCUUCAUGGAUUAGCUGCUUUGCAGUGGUCGAUUUGUCAAGACUCCCUCAGUAGGUCCAAUGAGGCUCGAGGUAUGUAUGAGAAGCUUAAAUCUCAUCCAAAUCCUAAAGUAAGCAAGAAAGCAAGACAGUUCAUGUACAGCUUUCAGGCUAUGGAAAUGAUGAAGAUGACAACAGGAUCUCAAUUUUAUUUAAAGAACUCAGACUACCAGAAUUAUUUUGAUGCAUUUGUUGAAAAUAAAUCUAACUAUCCCGGAGGAGAUGGCCCGGUUCAAGAAAGUGCAAUGAAUCAGGUUUUGCCGUAUAUUCUUUUUCUUGUUUCUCCUAUUUUUGUCGUACUACUUAUUGCUGUUCGGAAAGGAAUAUAAAUCUCUUUCUUUUGUAUACAAAUUCCGUUUGUUUUAUUUCAUAUUGUCAAAUGUCAAUCUCUAAGCAGGAGAUAAUUCUUCCAGUUUGGACUUUGGACAACUUCAUUCGAGUUUGAUUACAAAAACUAACCUCUACGAUUGUAUGUAUAUAUAUAGGAUAGGAUUGUAAAUGUAAGAAUUGUGCAAGUACUAUUAUUAUAAAGGAAAUGUUCUAUUUUGGUGUACAA